AUGAGCGCCUCUUGCCUCCACAGACGGCUGCUUGGAGGGAUAACCCUCAAGGGCUGUCAGCAGCAGCUGCAGCAGCAGCUGCUGCGGGCCCCACAGCAGUCUUCUGCCUCUUAUAAGAAGCUGCUGCUGCUGCAACAGCAGCAGCAACAGCAGCAGCAGCAGCCGCAGCAACAGCAACGGCAUCAGCGGCAGCAGAGGCCGCUGGCGCUCCAGCAGCAGCAGCAACAACAACAACAGCAACAACAGAAUCUGCUGCGCUCAAGGAGGUUUUUUCAUGCUUCUUCUCCUGGUCGUCUUGUGGUUGAUUGUCCAUCGAUGGGGGAUUCAAUCUCUGAAGGAACUCUUCAACAAUGGAAAUGCAGUAAACCCUAA